AUGGCGAAGAAGACGGCGGACACAGGCGUGGGCUCCAUCCUGGGCGACUUGUGUUCCAAGUACGACAAGACUACACCUAAGAAGAUCAAACUCAUCGACGGCUUUCUAGCCUACGUGCUGGCCACAGGCGUGCUCCAAUUUAUCUAUUGCCUUCUGGUCGGGAACUUCCCGUUCAACUCGUUCCUCGCCGGCUUCGUCUGCACUGUCGGCGUCUUCGUUCUGGCCGUGUCACUGCGAAUGCAGAUCAACCCAGAAAACAACUUUGGCGACCGCACGGAGCAGCGCGCGUUCGCCGACUACCUCUUCUGCAACAUCAUUCUCUUCCUCGUGGUGUUCAACUUCAUGGGCUAA